GUUUUGGGGUCCUUCCUCGCAGCUCCGCGCCAGUCGCGCUGCAGUCGCUCAUCGCGGGUCUUUUAUUAUUGUCGGUUUUUGUGUGUUUUUCAUUCAUAUCUGCGUUCCUUUGACAUUUCACCAUUGAGUUCGUUUCUGUAAGUCAGCAGCGAUGAAUCUGGAGUUGCUCGAGUCGUUCGGGCAAAAUUAUCCAGAGGAGGCAGAUGGAACCCUGGACUGCAUCAGUAUGGCUCUCACCUGCACGUUUAACCGCUGGGGGACGCUGCUGGCCGUCGGCUGCAAUGAUGGACGAAUCGUCAUCUGGGACUUUCUGACACGCGGCAUCGCCAAAAUCAUCAGCGCUCACAUACACCCCGUCUGCUCGCUCAGCUGGAGUCGAGACGGCCACAAGCUGGUGAGCGCCUCCACAGAUAACAUCGUGUCUCAGUGGGACGUCCUGACGGGAGAUUGUGAUCAAAGAUUUCGUUUCCCCUCACCGAUCCUCAAACUGCAGUACCACCCCAGAGACAUGGACAAGGUUCUGGUGUGUCCCAUGAAGUCAGCGCCCGUCCUGCUCACGCUGUCCGACUCCAAACACGUGGUGCUGCCCGUGGACGAUGACUCCGAUCUGAACGUGGUGGCGGCGUUUGACCGGCGAGGAGAGUACAUCUACACGGGCAACGCCAAAGGAAAGAUUCUGGUGCUCAGCACAGACACGCAGGAUCUGGUGGCGUCGUUUCGAGUGACGACAGGAACCAGCAACACAACGGCCAUCAAAUCCAUCGAGUUCGCACGGAAGGGCAGCUGUUUCCUGAUCAACACCGCAGACAGAAUCAUUCGUGUGUACGACGGCCGGGAGAUUCUCACCUGCGGGAGGGAUGGAGAACCGGAGCCCAUGCAGAAGCUGCAGGAUCUGGUGAACAGGACGCCGUGGAAGCGCUGCUGUUUCUCAGGUGAUGGCGAGUACAUCGUGGCGGGGUCGGCGCGGCAGCACGCGCUCUACAUCUGGGAGAAGAGCAUCGGGAAUCUGGUGAAGAUCCUUCACGGCACGCGAGGAGAACUCCUGCUGGACGUCGCGUGGCACCCGGUGCGACCCAUCAUCGCCUCCAUCUCCAGCGGUGUGGUCUCCAUAUGGGCUCAGAAUCAAGUGGAGAACUGGAGCGCGUUUGCUCCGGACUUUAAAGAGCUGGAUGAGAACGUGGAGUAUGAAGAACGAGAAUCAGAGUUUGACAUUGAAGAUGAAGACAAGAGUGAACCAGAGCAGACAGGUGGAGACGCUGCUGAAGAUGAAGAGGUGGACGUCACCACAGUCGAUCCAAUCGCGGCUUUCUGCAGCAGUCACAGCGACGAGGAGCUGGAGGAUUUUAAAGCGCUGCUGUACCUGCCCAUCGCUCCUGAGGUGGAGGACCCGGAGGAGAAUCCGUUCGGACCGCCACCGGACGCCGCCGGGCAGAACGUCACGCCAGACGACGGAUCCGUACACAGCGGCGCGGGAGAGAAAAAACCCAGACAGCCGCCCGCCGACGGAGGACCGCCCAAAAAGAAGAUCCGGACCACCACCAUAGAACUGCAGGGCGUCCCCAGCGACGAGGUGCACCCGUUACUGGGCGUGAAGAGCGACAGCAAGUCCAAGAAGAAAGCAGCCGGCCGGCCGAAGGGCUCGAAAGGUAAAGACUCUCCGUUCGGACCCAAGUUCAUCAUGGACAGAGACAGGAGCAGAGCCGAGGGGUCGCCAGCCGCAGGAAAUCUGGUGUCGUCGUCGUCGUACAAGCAGCAUGAAGUUCAGGCGUUGGAGUGACUCUGACAGAACAUCAGCACUCUCUCUAUGAACUCUAAAGACUGUAUUUGUGUGCUACAUUAUGACAGAAGGACGGGCUCAAACCCAGACGGAUCCGUUCCAUCACGCAGAUCCAGAGGAGCGUGUGUUUUGUGUAGAGUAGAUCUGAUGUCCUUGAUAUUGAUAUUGUUUUGUUCUUCUGUGAGAUCUUUGGACCGGUCACGUUGUUUUUUAUACUUAUUAAACCAGUUUGUUUUUUGA